AGCGAGAUCUCCUCCUUGAGGGCAGUCGGAUCCUUCAGCAUCUGGGUCAUGCUUUCUACUGCUGUCCUCGCCUUGUGCAAAAUACCAUGGUCAGAGCUAGACACGGACCGACCAAAUAACAUGACGCAUGUCGGCUUCAACUGGCGCCAAGUGAUGCAUGCCUUGUCUAUGGGCACGUUCGCCUAUAUGAACCAAGUAAACGCAGUGUGCAUCACCUCUGAGCUCCACAAACCAACACGACAACGACUAACUGCUGUAUGCGGAUGGGCGGCCCUCGGUCUCUUUUUAUGCUAUGCUACCCUUCUAUCAGCAGUAUACCUAACUUUUGGCCAGGCAACCACCUCAAAUUUUCUUCAGAGUUACCCCCUAGAUGAUGCGGCUGUGAAUGCAUGCCGAGUUGCAGUCUCUCUGACACUUAUAUUCGCGUGUCCCCUCAAUUUGUUCCCGAUUACUAGCUCAUUCUUUCACGCCAUAGACCGGCGCCAUCUAGCCAAACACGCAGGAGUGCGGAUAUUGUUCAACACGAUCGUCCUCACUAUCUGCCUUAUCACAGCGAUCUGGGUCCCUGACGUUGGCUCAUUCAUCGGCUACGUUUCGGCUUACAUGGCUACACCGUUGAUGAUAACUAUACCGGCGUUUGUCUACAUCGCAUGCUGCCGGGCUGAGGAUGAUAUGCUCGCUCGUAAGGGAGUCGUCGUCGAACGGAACCUCUGUAGAAGGUCAAGUCGUAUGGUCAUCCCAGCAAUCGCCCUCUCACUCACUGUACUUUUAUGGACGGCCGCCACGGUGAAUAUUUUUGCGAGUCAGAAGGCUUGAUUAGCUCACUUCGUGACUGCGGCAAUAUGGAGAUUAUUUCGACGUUCGUAUCGUGCGGCCCUUUCAAGGGUCUUAGAUGCACUCAUUGAAUCGGCGAA